AUGCCUGCCCAAAAGUCGGAGGACAUUGGUUUUAAAAAUCACAAAUCGGAGCCCCGCGAUGACGGCGGAUUGAUAUCACGUGAGUUCGCGACACUUUGGCGAAACAGGGGAAAUCCGAACGCGCUUACGAACGACGCGCAUCGUCCACGGCCCACCACGGUAGAAGGUGGUCAAACAUUAGUAUCAGCACAGAAGCCAGUUCGACUCUACGGCCCAUCACAACAGUCGAUCGAUCGCCUCUCGAAGCCAUUCAAAUGUCCAGGCCAGGCAACAGCUUCUGUAGCAUCCGAUAGACCGGCCAGAAAGAGGCGCAAAGUGGAUUAUAGCGGUGCUGACGGAAGCGCUGAGGAUGGAAGCAAACCAUGGACCAACGAGGAGCGUCUUGCUCUUGCAAACCGCGACGCUAACAAAUUCCCGGUCUAUAAAGUGAAAGACAAAGAAGUAGCACUUAAACAACGAUUCUCUGUACCUUUAAUCGAUAAGACAUCCAGCAAUUAUGAUCCCUCCAGACCUGCACCGACUCUUGGAAUGAGGCGAGGCGCCUCAUUUGUCGUGAAACCUUUGCACGAUCCGAGUGGAGAGUUCGCAAUUGUCUUGUAUGACCCUACAGUUGAUGACAAACCGGAGCCAAAGAAGGAGGAGGACGGGGAGAAAACCGAAGAAAAGCCAAAGCUGGAUGCACCCAUUGUGCAUAAGAGUUUGGCCGAUAUUCUUGGUCUAAAGAAACGCGUCGAGUCUCGUCCUAAGGUCCCUGUGGUCAUUGACCCAAGACUUGCCAAGGUCUUGCGGCCACAUCAAGUAGAGGGAGUAAAGUUUCUUUAUCGUUGCACAACUGGCAUGAUUGAUGAGAAUGCGAAUGGCUGCAUCAUGGCAGACGAAAUGGGCUUGGGCAAGACGCUCCAAUGUAUCACUCUGAUGUGGACACUCCUUAAGCAAUCGCCUGAAGCGGGAAAGCCAACUAUCCAGAAGUGUGUCAUUGCUUGCCCAUCAAGCUUAGUUAAAAACUGGGCCAAUGAACUAGUGAAAUGGCUUGGAAAUGACGCCAUUACACCGUUUGCAGUUGACGGUAAAGCCUCAAAGGCUGAGCUUUCCUCGCAGCUUAAACAGUGGGCAAUUGCCUCGGGUCGCUCAAUCGUCCGGCCGGUCCUCAUAGUGUCAUACGAGACAUUAAGGCUAUACGUUGAAGACCUAAAGGACACACAGAUAGGUUUGCUACUAUGUGACGAAGGACACAGACUCAAAAAUAAAGAGAGCUUGACCUGGACAGCGUUGAACAGCCUCAACGUCAGCCGCCGGGUCAUCCUUUCUGGGACACCUAUACAGAACGAUUUGUCUGAAUAUUUCGCCCUUUUGCAUUUUGCAAACCCAAACUUGCUCGGGACUCAGGCUGAAUUCAGAAAAAGAUUUGAAAUUCCGAUUUUGAAAGGAAGGGAUGCUGCAGGGACGGAUGAGGAUCGAAGGAAAGGUGAUGAGCGCUUGGCAGAGCUCUCCAGCAUCGUCAACAAAUUCAUUAUACGGCGCACCAACGACAUUCUUUCAAAGUACUUGCCGAUCAAGUACGAACAUGUUGUGUUCUGCAAUCUUAGCAAGUUUCAGGUUGACCUAUAUAACCAUUUCUUACAGAGCCCAGACAUCAAAAGUCUGCUCAAAGGCAAGGGAAGCCAGCCAUUGAAAGCGAUUGGAAUUUUGAAGAAACUCUGCAAUCAUCCGGACCUGCUGGAUCUGUCAACGGAAUUGCCUGGAUGUGAACAAUUUUUCCCUGAUGACUAUGUUCCACCGGAAGCCAGAGGCCGCGACAGAGACGUCAAAUCCUGGUAUUCCGGGAAAAUGAUGGUUCUUGAGCGCAUGCUGGCGCGAAUACGCCAGGACACUAAUGAUAAGAUCGUUCUGAUCAGUAACUAUACACAAACACUUGACCUUUUCGAGAGACUUUGCCGCUCUCGAGGGUAUGGGUGUUUGCGACUGGACGGCACCAUGAAUGUCAAUAAGCGACAAAAACUGGUGGACAAAUUCAAUGACCCCGAUGGUGAAGAAUUUAUAUUUUUGUUAAGCAGCAAGGCAGGCGGCUGUGGUUUGAACCUGAUUGGAGCGAAUCGUUUGGUUUUAUUUGAUCCAGACUGGAAUCCUGCUGCCGACCAGCAAGCACUGGCUCGGGUCUGGCGUGACGGCCAAAAGAAGGACUGUUUUGUUUAUCGGUUCAUUGCAACCGGAUCGAUCGAAGAAAAGAUCUUCCAGAGGCAGUCCCACAAGCAGUCACUCUCUUCCUGCGUUGUCGAUUCUGCGGAAGACGUUGAACGUCACUUUUCUCUCGACUCCCUUCGAGAACUUUUCCAGUUCAAGCCAAACACGCGGAGCGACACACAUGACACGUUCAAAUGCAAGAGGUGCAGGCCAGAUGGGACCCAGUUUAUCAAGGCUCCAGCCAUGUUAUAUGGCGAUACGAGUACAUGGAAUCAUUUUGUCAACGACGGUGAGAACGGACCAUUGAACAAAAUACAGGACUUGCUCUUAAGACAAGAAACCUCCGAGAAGGAUGUUUCCGCUGUUUUUCAAUAUAUCAGUCAUUGA